CAGACGUGCCGCGUGACGCCGCGACGUAACCCAACGGUCCUAAUGGGGCGGGGCUUGUAAACAGAAAAUCUAAAUAAAGGGUCGUGCAGAAUUUUACUCCAAAGUAGCUCACUUUUUCUCCACUAGUAAGAGGUUAAUCUCGUGUGAUGCCGAUACGCCGAGUAGCAGCGACUCCUACCCCGGAGAAGGCCCCCUCUGCUGCAGCAGAGAAAGAGCCUCAGGCGUCCUCGGAGGAGUCUGCUGUCGCCGCCGAAGAGGAACCGGCCGCACCGUCUGCCGCUCCAAAGGAGGCGGAGGCAGAGCCCGCGGAGAACGGGGAGAAAGGCGACGAGCCCGCGGAGGAGAAGGCAGAAGAAAAGACGGAUAAGAAAGAGGACAAAUGCAAGGACUGCGCAGCUGGACAGUGUGCAACACACUGCUAUGUUCUCCUACUAAGGUUGAAGGAUGGCUACAAGUCCGCGAAAGCCAAAGGCAAGAAGGUGAAAAGGACGAUUCCUGCGUGGGCCACCGUCGCCGCCGGCAAAAAGCUUCCCAUCGCCACCUUUGCAGGCAACAACAGAGUGGAUAACAUUCUCAUCGAAGCCAUCACGUCUUCUAAUGACAAGUCUGGAGUUUCAUACCAGUGCUUCAUGAAGUACAUUCAGAAAAAGUACCCGGAGAUGGAGCUCGAAAAUAAGAAGUUUCUCAUCAAGAAAGCAAUGAAGAAGCAUUUGGAGAAGGGAACUAUCAAACAGCUCACGGGGAAAGGCCUUUCAGGAACCUUCGCCAUCGGGAAGAUCUCCGCCUCUCCUAAGAAAGCAGCCGUGAACGUGGAGGCUCUGGGAGACGCUCUUCCCCUCAUCAUCACUCGGCUCUGUGAGCCCAAAGAAGCCUCCUACUACAUGAUUAAGAAAUACCUGGAGCAGCACUUCCCCACCUUAAACAUCCAAAACAGGCCGGAUGUACUCAAGUCCGCCCUGGUGAAGGCGGUGGAGAGGGGGCAUCUGGAGCAAAUCACUGGGAAAGGAGCCAACGGCACAUUCCAGCUGAAGCGCGCCGGCAAUCAGGUCCUGCUGAAGGGCAGCAGCUUGGAGGACGCCAUCACAGCCGCCAUCACCGCCAUGAACGAACCCAAAACCUGCAGCACCACCACUCUGCGCAAAUACCUAGUGGACGCAAACAAGGACACGAAGGAGUACAGAUUAGUGGCCAGUCUGAGGAGAACCCUGACCAAGUGUAAAGUGCUCGGCUGGAUGGAGCAGAUCACCGGUCACGGCUUCACAGGAACCUACCAGCUCUCGUUCCCCUUCUACCCGAGCCCCACCAUCCUGUACCCAGACAAGUUCAACGACCAAUCAAAUAAAAAGCCGCCAGCCAGAGGGAGGCGGCCGGUUCAUUCUUCUUCAGAGGAGGAAGAGGAGGAGGAAGAAGAAGAAGAAGAAGAAGAAGAGUCUGAGGACGAAGCUCCCUCUCGGAAUAGAAAAUCUUCAAAGAAGAGGCCGCCACCCAAGGCCCCGCGCCCCCCUGCAGCCAAGAAGUCCCGGAGCUCUAGCAAGUCGAAAGCCAAAGGACGGGGACGCUCCCUCGCAAAGAAGUCUCCGGUCAAAAAGGCUGCGUCUCCGGUGAAGAAGGCGGCGUCUCCGGUCAAAAAGACAGCGUCUCCGGUCAAGAAGGCGGCGUCUCCGGUCAAGCGAGAGUGGAGGAAGCAGUCGGCCGCGACGAAGAAACCAACGCCGCCCCCUAAAGCCACGCCAGUGAAGAAGGCCCCCGCCGCAAAAAAGCCCCAAACGCCGGCCGUCAAGAAGCAGAGCAAAAGGGGGUCCAAGCGGCCGGCGUCCAGAGAAUCGUCCCCUGAGGAGGCCAUCGUCGCCAAGGAAACGACUAGGAGCGCGUCCAAGCGGUCGAAACCCGAGGACUCGCGGCCCGAGAAGCCCGCGGUUGGAAAGGCGGCGGCCAAAGGGGGGCCCAGGCGCUCCGCGCCCGAAAAGACAACCCCGGUAAAACCAGCAGUCAAAAAGGAGGCGGCGCCGGCCGCGGCGAGGGGCAGGAAGACGUCCACUCGCAAGACCAAGAGGGGGAAGUACUGAGCCCGGGACGGCCUCCCGCGGACUGGGCCGCUCUGAAGCUGCAGCAGUUUGCCGCUUCGUUUCAGCGCUCCGUUUCUCUCCCUUUUUAAGCGGCGGAGCAGUUUUCUUUCGUUUUGAUUUGUCAUUUCUGUUGUAGAAUAAGAAUGUUCUCUUUCCCAGUUUUGACUGUACACUGAACGUUUUGGGAUCUUUGUUUUUGAACCACCGUGUGUAGAGAAGCUCAGUUACCGUUGCUGUCGAAACAGAUGUGCGACCAGCUGCCAGGGACGGCGUGGUGUCUCCCCCCCCCCCCCCCCCCCCCCCCUCUCUAAACUGCGACUAGAGCCGUGUAGUGACCUCCGUUUUUAUAUCUGUUCGGCACCCACUCUUUAAUUGUUGGCAGCACACCUUCCUAAUAUCAAAUCAACCCUGAUGUCGGUGUUUAAGGGUUGAAAACAAAUGUCCUUAUUAAUUUAUAUGGGUUGGAAAGUUUAAAUGGUUCCCAAUAUUUUAUAAAACACAGAUUUUAACAUUGUUAACCUGUAUUGGGGGAUAAAACAAUGUUUUUCACUGUGCAGCCCUGCACAGGAAUUUGAAUUGUUAUCCAUCCUUUUUAAUUAUGAAUUAUUAUUUACAUAAUUUGAUAUUUGUUCAUUUUAAAACACUAAUUAAAUGCCCCCAGAAAAGAUUUUGCCCACAAGCUUGACUUAACAAAGUAGAAAACAUUGUUAGUAUUAAUUUUAAAGACUUAAGUGUCUAUAUCAAGCAAAUACAUUGAUUUUAUUGCUUCACAGCUGUAAUUCAGUACCAAACUGCAAGAGAUGUGUGUUCAUAAGGAAAAGGAGGACAUUGGUUCAUACACACCCUGCAUGCAAUGUAAUCUUGUGUUGUUAAGCUUCUUUUCCAGGUCAUUAAUAAAAUGGCUAUAUUUGUAAA